AUUUGGGGGUUUUCUUUAAUGCAUUUGUUUAUGGUGUAUUUGAAUCGUUUUUUACUUUUCUUUUUUGUCGAUCGGGGGUUUUUUUGCUGAUUUGAUUGGCUUAAUAUCCCGUUUUCUUUUGACUGUGGGGCUGGGGGUUCUCAUUAUUGGUGAAAUGUCUUAUGGCAUUCUAUAGUUUUGUUUGGAUGUGAAGAAAAAAGUAGGAAAUUAUUUGGGGAUUGUAACUUUUCCACUCUUGUAUUUCUUUUUUCCGUUCCGAUCUGGUUCAUUUCUGAGUCUUGAUUGACCGAGGAUUUUCCAAUUUUUGCAAGUUAUUAAUAAUUAAGUUCAAACCCCUUUUCCAAAAAUUAAUUAAUUAGCUACUUAAUGGGUUUGGUUUUGAGGUUACUUUCUUGAUUCAGGGAUCGGUGUUUUAUCCCUGCUUGUUUAAAUGCAAGAUGUGAUAACGAUGGGCUUUGUGCAUUUCCUAUUUCUGGCUUCUGGGGUCCUUUUAUUUUUCUUUUCUAAUUGUUACGUUCUCUUUUUGGUCCUUAUUACAUUCAAUUUUUCUUUACCUCUUUUGAUAAAGGGUUUUCGACUGGUUGAGCUUUUAUGAAGGAGCAUCAUGUACGAACUGGCCAGGGUUCUGUGUCUGUAAUAGUCUGUGGAGACCAAGACAAGCCGCCACUCAUUACUUAUCCUGAUUUGGCUUUAAAUCAUAUGUCAUGUUUUCAAGGAUUAUUCUUUUUCCCGGAAGCAGCUUCGUUGCUACUUCACAACUUUUGUAUCUACCAUAUCAGCCCUCCUGGACAUGAGUUCUUGCAGUUGGGAGCUGCUGAGAUUUGUGAGGAUGAUCCUUCACCAUCUGCUGAUGAUUUAGCAGAUCAAAUCCUUGAGGUUCUCAACUAUUUUGGACUUGGUGCAGUGAUGUGCAUGGGGGUAACAGCUGGCGCUUACAUUCUUAGUCUUUUUGCUUUGAAAUAUAGAGAGCGAGUUCUUGGUUUAAUUCUUAUAUCCCCCUUGUGCAAGUCUCCCUCUUGGUCCGAGUGGUUCUAUAAUAAGGUAAUGUCAAACUUGUUAUACUUCUAUGGCAUGUGCGGUUUGUUGAAAGAGUGCUUGCUUCAGCGGUACUUCAGCAAGGAGGUCCGUGGUAGUGUCGAAGUUGCCGAGUCUGAUAUAGUUCAAGCAUGUAGAAAAUUGCUGGAUGAGAGACAGAGCAACAAUGUUUUGAGGUUCCUCCAAGCAAUUAAUAGAAGACCAGACAUUACCGAAGGGUUGAAGAGGCUCCGGUGUCGUACUCUCAUUUUCGUCGGGGACAGCUCGCCUUUCCAUUCUGAAGCACUCCAUAUGAUAUCAAAAUUGGAUAGAAGAUAUAGUGCCUUGGUUGAGGUCCAAGCUUGUGGAUCGAUGGUAACCGAAGAGCAGCCACACGCAAUGUUGAUACCUAUGGAGUACUUCUUCAUGGGGUACGGGUUGUAUAGGCCGUGCCAGUUCAGCGACAGUCCACGGAGUCCGCUCAGUCCAUCUUGCAUCUCCCCAGAGCUUCUUUCUCCAGAAAGUAUGGGAUUAAAGCUAAAACCUAUUAAAACGCGCAUUUCUUAA